UUGGACGUUUGUGUUUACACCAACACGUGAAUUUAGUAUUUUAAGAAAAUUAGUUAGGUCUACAAAAACGUCUAGAACUGGUAUCAAAGCUAUGGAUUCAGAAGAAUCAUUUUCUGGAAUGGAAAGUCCUGAUUCAGAUGAAGAGUUGCAAGAGGCAUUUGCGGCUGGAAAGCUGAAACCAGGAUUAAAUCUUGAACUGCCUGCAGAAUCAAAGAUUGUGAAUAAUGUAGCAGGAUUGAAGCAAAAGUUGUCAGCAAUAAAGAAAAAUCUCCCAUGGGUGGAACGUUUAGAUGUGACCAGCAAACCAGCCACAGGCCACAAAGACCUCAUCAGUCAGAGUGAAACAGACGUCCACGACGACUUCAAACGCGAACUGCGAUUCUACUGUCAAGCACAAGCCACAGUUUUAGAGGCAAUACCCAGACUUCACAGUAUGAAUUUGCCCACUAAAAGACCAGAGGACUACUUUGCACAAAUGGCAAAGUCUGAUGAUCACAUGAAAAGAGUGAGAGAAAAGUUGUUGGAAAAGCAGACUGCCAUGGAAAGAUCAGAAAAAGCCAAGAAACUCAGAGAACUUAGAAAAUAUGGUAAAAAGGUCCAAGUGGAAGUUCUUCAGAAACGACAGAAGGAGAAGAAAGAAAUGCUCGAUGCUGUUAAGAAAUAUCGUAAGGGACAGAAAGACAAAUUAGACUUCUUAGAAAAUCUGCCAGGGGAGUCAAGAAACAAGCAAAACAAGAAAAACACAGAUAAACUUAGGCAAAAUAAGAAAAGAGAAUUUAAAAACAAGAAAUUUGGGUUUGGAGGACAGAAAAAGAGAUCUAAAAUGAACACCAAGAACAGUGCAUCUGAUAUGUCUGGAUUCAAACCAAAAAUAAACCAGAAGAAACCAGGCAAACCAAAACCAGGCAAUAAAAACAAGAGACCUGGCAAAUCACGAAGACUUUCAGCCAAAAGUAAAAAGAGGAAAUGAAAUUUAAUAAUUUAGUGAUCUGUUGUUGUUUUUAUUACAAAAACGGUGCUGGUGAACUUCAUGAAAGUGUUCUGACUGAAUUGCUUUGUGAGCUAUUGUGGAAGAGCCAUAACUAUAAAAUCUUAGGGGAGGGAGGGGAGG